AUGGAUUCAAGGUUCAUUUCCAUUGCACUUGAGCAGUAUAAACGGGAGGACAUUGGAAGAUCCAUAAAGGACCUGCGUAGUAUGCUGCAUGCGAAGCACGGGCAUGAAGUAACUAUGUACAAGGUUUGGGAAGCCAAACAGAAGGCAGUUGCGCGUAUUUACGGGGAUUUUGAUGAGUUGUACGCGGAAUUGCCACGAUUUUUGGCUGCAUUGGACGAUGCAAAUCCAGACACUGUAACUUUGUUAAAGUGCGACCCUCGUGUCUCGGGGACUUGUAUAUUCAACUCCGCGUUUUGGGCUUUCGGUCUGUGUAUUAGAGGGUUCGGGCAUUGCAGGCUGGUGAUAAGCAUAGAUGCAACACACCUCUAUGGCAAGUACAAAGGAAAGUUGUUGAUAGCAAUGGCAACAGAGAGUAACAACGAGGUUUAUCCACUCGCGUUUGCCGUUGUUAAAGGCGAGAGCAUGAAGACAUGGGGAUGGUUCUUGGCAUGCCUGUUGACCUAUGUUACAAAUCGAACCAAUUUGUGUAUAAUCUCUGACAGGCAUCAUGGGAUACAAUCAUGCUUCGAUGACACCACUAGGGGCUAUUUGCAAGCACCCUUAACCCAUCACCGGAAUUGCCUCCGCCAUUUAGUAUGGAAGGCAGCAACUGCGAAUCAAGUUGGGAAGUUUGAAAACACCAUGGAUUACAUCAAGAAUGUCAAUCUAGUGGCGUACGACUAUCUUAAGGCUGUAGGGAAGGAAAAGUGGACACUUGUACAUGACCGUGGGCACUGA